AUGACACUACUUGCCACAGAGGAUUUCUUUGAGAAUGUUGGGCUGACUUCUUGCGCGUCCGCUUGUGUCAAGUCUAAAAAUGCAUGCAGGACGUUUUUCUACAGUAAAACCUUCAGGAACUGUACCUUAGGUUCCUGGCUCCUACCCUACAACGGCUCAACCAACUGGUCAAGUGGAAAACUCUACACAAACCAAUCACUUUGUUACCUCACGGAGAUGCCUGCGUACCCAGCUAAGGUGGACACAAGUUCCUGCAUAAAUGCCGCGUGUCUAGGUAAAGUAACGCUAGGAAACAACACAAGUUUCGACAGGUCAAAGACCUACAGGUCAUGUCUGGACGUCAAGAACACCACAGAACCCAGGAAGGUCGUCCUGCUCACUUCCGGUCUAACGGUCAUGUGCGACACCGUGACCGACGGCGGAGGAUGGACCAUUUUCCAGCGACGAUUCUCCGGUGCCGUGGACUUUUACCGCAGCUGGGAGGAAUACAAAUACGGUUUCGGGGACUACGGAAUCGGGACUUUUUACCUCGGGAACGAAAAUAUUUACUGCCUGAGUUCCACGUCUCGCCACGAGCUACGCAUUGACCUAACUUACAACGGCAUCAAAUACUACGCUAGAUACGCCAGCUACGCUUUUUUUAACGAGUCCGAAGGGUAUAGAUUGACUAUUGCCAACUACACAGGCGACGCCGGCGACUCCAUGUCCAUCUCCAACGCCAACAGCAUGUUCAGCACGUACGACAGGGACAACGACGUCGACCCAAGCAGGCACUGUGCCGUCCGCUACCACGCAGGCUGGUGGUACAAGCGCUGCCACUACGCGCACCUCAACGGCAACUGGGGCGACAACAGCUACAGCAUGGGACUCAACUGGUACAACCUGACCGGGGACUACGCCAGCGUCGACAACUGCGAGAUGAAGAUACGGCCCUACUGA